GCGCGCUCUCUCAGCAUGGCGGCACGCGGCAGCAAGGAACACGUGUCCGGUGGCAAAGAGGACGAAGCGGCCGACGAUUUCGGCCAUGGAGGUCACGGUGCCCCCGCUUCCCGAAGACGCUGACCGGCAGCCCUGCCAGGAGGGGCACACCAACACGCGUGACGUCCUGCUGAAGGCGCCGUCCUGUACAACCACCGGCGGUGGCGACGAGUAUGGCAGGACCACGGUCCCGGGCCAGCCGCUGUGGCCGUACCCCUCGGGCGAGGGCGGCGACGUCGAGGCCUACCAGUCGCAGGCUGAGAGCGACGUCAGCCUGUCCACGGAGUACCUGACUCCGGCAGGGUCGCUUCUUUCGCUAGACUUCUGCUCCACGUUCGACGUCUUUCCGUGGGAGGGCGACGAGGCAGAACCGAGUCCGCCACCGCGUUUGGCCGAGACGUCCACCAGCACCGCCAGCGUCCUCUCGCCGCCCUCCGGCGAGGAAGAGCGCGACGAGGAGGCCGACGAGCAGCCCGUGGCGCGCAUCGUGGACGUGAGCGGCCAGCGCGUAGACUUCCGCACCACGCCCAGCGCCGCGUCGCUCCUCAGCGGCUCCUCGACCAAGUCCGCGCAGCGAGGCUACUUCGUCGUUCAGGGCUACCAGAGCCUCAGCAACAGCGACAGCAGCGACCGCUCGUCCAGCAGCGGCAGUAGUUACGCGCCAAGCACCAGCGCCAGCCCGACUCCUCCGCGGACGCCCGUCCGCGCGGUCCACGAUGCGUCUGUGCUGUCCACGAGCAAGUUGCUGAAGCAAUGGCUCGAGGACCCGCUGGAGCCGCGCAUCGAGCCGCGACGCCGACCCACGUGGGCGCGCCUCUGGGCGGGACUGCGCGGGCAUUUUCAGCAGAUGGUCAAGUGCCGCCGGGACCGGGCAGGGCGACGUCGCCUUGCGGGGCGCGACUUGGGACGUCGCCGCCGCGACGCCGGCCGGGCCGGUCGUAAGCUGUGCAGCGACGGCCAGGGGGCAAGUUCCCGGCACAACGUCGACGAAGCCUUCAACAAUGUCAGCUCGGACGAGUUCUACACGGCCGGCGCCCGGUGGUGGCACGUCCGCAGGAUCUAUCAGCGGUGCGUCUCCUACCUCCACGCCCUCUGGUGCUGGCGCGGCCCAUAGGUGGACCUGCCGCGACGCGCUGCCCUGGGCCUGCAACGGGUAUUGCCGGAGCUUGCUGGCUUCUCCUGGGCGAGGCAGCGUGUCCAACGUCGCAAUCGCGGUAGAGUUUCCAACUGCCGCAUCCUAACGAGGGUGCCAGACCACCGGCACAAUGGCCUGGCUUCGCUUGCCACUGAGGCGACGUGCACCGUUUCGUUGACUUAAAAAAAAAAGGUGUCCUCGUUUUUGUUUCAAA